AUGAAGUUUUCCGCCGCCCUGCUGCCGCUGCUGGCAGCCCCCUUUGUCGCCAGCGAGCACACAUCGAACUGGGCCGUCCUUGUCUCGACAUCGCGCUUCUGGUUCAACUACCGCCAUCUCGCCAAUGUCCUGUCCCUAUACCGAACCGUAAAGCGCCUCGGCAUCCCCGACUCGCAAAUCAUCCUCAUGCUGCCUGAUGACAUGGCAUGCAACCCGCGCAACGCAUUCCCAGGCAAUGUGUUCAACAACGCUGACCGUGCAUUGGACCUCUACGGCGACAACAUCGAGGUGGACUAUCGAGGCUACGAAGUCACCGUGGAGAACUUUAUCCGCCUGAUGACAGACCGCGUGGGCCCCGACAUGCCUCGCAGCAAGCGAUUGAUGACCGACGAGAGGAGUAAUAUAUUAGUCUACAUGACGGGCCACGGCGGCAACGAAUUUCUCAAAUUCCAAGACGCCGAGGAAAUCAGCGCAUUUGAUCUCGCAGAUGCAUUCGGGCAAAUGUGGGAGAAGAAGCGCUACCACGAAAUGCUCUUCAUGAUCGACACCUGCCAAGCCAACACCAUGUACUCGAAAUUCUACUCCCCCAACAUCCUCGCCACAGGAAGCUCUGAAAUCGACCAAUCGUCCUACUCGCACCACGCCGACUCCGACGUCGGCGUCGCCGUCAUCGACCGCUACACGUACUAUAACCUCGAAUUCCUCGAGCAGAAAGUCACAAGCCCGACGUCCAAGCUGACCAUGGGCGAGUUGUUCGACAGCUACGACUCCGCGAAGAUCCACUCGGAUGCUGGCAUACGGUACGAUUUGUUUGCGGGCGGCGAGGAAGGCGCGAGGAAUAGACGCGUCAUGGAUUUCUUUGGAAACGUGCAGAAUGUGGAGUUACAGGGUGAGGGACGGAAUGAGACCCAGUGGAAGGAGGAGCUGGAGGCGAUUGAUAGGAUGAUUGCGGAUGCGAAGAGGAGGCAUAAUGAGAGUUUGAAUGCGAAGCCGCAGGUGGAUGUGCAGCAUGUUGUUGAGGAAGCCAAGCCGGUGCAAGGGUUGCGGAGAGAGGGUGCGGUGAAGGUGGAUGAGGAGCAGGGGUGGAGUAAGCAGAUUGCCGGUGCGGCGGCGCUGGCGGGAUGUGUAGGGGUUUGGCUUGCCGGCAGUUUGUUUGAGUCGAUGUGA